CAGCUCGCACAUCUGCUCCGCUGCACGAGCUCUAUCCCCAACGACGGCGCAGCACCCAGGCGCUUCUGCUGGGGCGUGCGCGGCCGCACCUCCGCCGCGCUCGCAUCCGCCCGGCGAUAAGCCUGCGCGGCACGGACACAAGGCGAGCAAGGCCGAGCAGCGCCUGGUCUGCGCAGUCGCUUGCCUCUUCUCUGCGCCCUUCGACGAGCAGCAGAGCCUGUACCCGCACCCCGGCAGCCAUGGCGCCGCCGCCGCCGCCCUCGCCCGCGGGCCCGGGCCGCACGCACAGCUACAGCAUCUCCAGCAACGCCUCGCGCCCCUCGCUCGGCGGCGGCGGCGGCGAGCUGGCCUCGGCCUUCGGACCCGCCGGCGGCUCGGCGCGUCCGGCUUCUCCGCACGUCGGGCGCACGACACGCGCCGAAGGCUCGCAGUCGCCCAAUGCGUCGCCCAGCGGCGUGACGCCGCCAGGAGGGCCGGGCGAGAAUGGGCGAAGGCCGGGCAAUGAGAGGAGAGACACGGGCGGGGGCACGCCGGCGCCGGGCGGCAAGGACGAGCCCAAGGGACGCAUGCUGAGCUGUACCGAAUGCAAGCGGAGGAAGAUCAAGUGCGAUCGAGAGUGUCCUUGUGGGCCCUGCAUCUUGCGCAACGACGAGGCGAGGUGCAAGCAGGUGAUUCGCUGGGAGGCUGGCUGUUCGCUCUCCGAGUUCCAGACGCUGCAGACGCGCGUCAAGGAGCUGGAGCAGCGCAUGGACACGUAUGAGCGCUCCGGGCCGCCAUUGGCCUUGCCGCCGCCCGGCGGUGCCGUCUCGGCCAAUGCGGCGCUGCAGGCUGCACAACAGGCGGGACAGGCGCCGAGAAGGGAGGGCGCAGAUGACGAUGCCGUCAUGAUGCUCGAAGACUACGCAAUGGGCAAUCGCAUCAACACCACGCACGCGGCUGCUCGACUGGGCGCCAAUGGCGCAAAGAACCCCGGCCUCGACGCCGUGCUGGGCGAUGCCGGACCCGCAGAGGGUGCCGUCUCGCAGCGCUCUGCAGAUCCGGCCAUCGACGUGGCGUACCGCUUCUUGCAGCUGUGUCCGGAGGCGGGCGUAGUGCGCCUGAUGUGGACGUACUACUUCGACCAUCUCGACUGGUACACUCGCUGUCUGCACCGCCACGCAUUCGAAGAAGAAGCCGAGCGCGUCCUCAAGCUCUCGCCCGAACAAGCUGCGCGCGACGUGCGUCCCGCGUUUCUCUGUGUCUUCUUCAUGGUGCAGUGCCUGGCACUGCAUCUCUGCGGACCCGAGGAUGUGAGGAGCUGGGGCAUGGACCGUCCUCAGGCUGCUCAGCUGUGCGAUGCGAUGUUCGCGGGCAGCCAGCAGCUGCUGUGGGCCAGUGACUUUAUCGGCUCACAUCAGGUGGAGCAUCUGCAGUCCGUCAUCUUGAUGUCCGUCUAUGCGUACAAUCUCGACGACUCGGACGCCGCCUAUGCCCUUGUGGGCGCGUCGAUCAAGAUCGCGCAAAACCUGCGCUUGAACCGCCUCGACGAUGCGCGCACAGCUGCGGCGGGCCGAGCGCGAGCGCUGGGCACGAGCGGCACUGGCAAGGCCACGCUCGACCGCGAGAUUGGGCGCCGCGUCUGGUGGCAUCUCUGCUGGCUCGACUACUCGCACGCGCUGGCCCACGGCGGAGCAUACUCCAUCCACCCCGCGCACAACCUCACCGCCGAGCCGCCGAACAUCAACGACGAGGCGCUGACGCUGCUCGGCGACGGCCCAGUCGUGCCGCAGCCCAUCAACGAGUACACGACGAUGAGCUUCACCAUCUGGCGCCUGCGCUUCUUGGCGCUCUAUCGCGAGACGAUCGACCUGCACAACCAGCCGCGCGGCCCGACGUACAACCAAGUGCUCGACAUGGACAAGAAGCUCUCGUGCCUGCUCAGCAGUCUGCCGCAGUACUACCACCUCAAGAUCGACGACCCCGACUCGUGGUCGCACGGCGACAGCAACCGAGACUUGGAGCUGCUCUCGAUCCAACUCACGGCGCACAACCGCCUGCUGCGCCUGCAUCGCCCGCAUCUCAUUCGCGGCUUGACGAACAACAAGGAUCAGACGAACCUCUCUGCGCGCCGCUGCAUCGAUGCCUCGCAGGCGAUCCUGACGAUUCUGCGCCACGCCAAAGUAUGCUGCCCGAUGCUGCUCAAGGUCUGGAUCAACGUCUACUACGGCUUCGGCGCCGCCGUCGUCGUCUUCCUCGCGCUGUGCUACGAGUCCGACCAGCACAGUCGCUCCGCCGAGGAGAAGCGCAGUGCGGUGCGAGAGAUGGCCGACAUCUGCUCCACCGCCUCGCACUUGUCUGCUGGCGCCAAGAACACUGGCAAUUUGCUGCGCGGCCUCCUCGAUGCCGAGCUGGAGCUGCGCCGCGCGCCGGGGACAAAGGCAAAGGGCAAGCGCAAGCGCGGUGCAGCGGGCGCAGAGGAUGUGGGACCGUUCGAGCGACUCGUCUCGCGCGUCCUGGUCGACGCCACGACGUCCAGCCACGCCACGUCUCUGUCUGCGCUGCAGCGCGAGCCCAGCGCCGGCGGCCUCUCCUUUGAGCCGCCGCACAAGCGGCAUAGCACCAGCUUUGCGCGCAGCACCGGCGGCGGCGACGAGCCGCUGUCGGCGGGCGGGCCGGCGUACCUCGGCGGCGGCAAUGGGCAGCCGCACUCGCCGUGGGGAGGCAGCAACGCCAGCAGCACGGGCGGACGUGGACCGAGCGCCGGCGGAUGGGCGUCGUACGCGCCGGGCCUGGGAGGUGGGCGCGGCAGCAGCAUGCCGGGUCAGACGCCGCCGCUGGCAGGCAACCUGGCGGGCCAGGGCCUCACGUCGCUUCUCGACGAGGAUGUCUUCUCUGGCAUCUUCAUGGAGCCCGGCAGCCAAGCGCCGUCGGAGUGGGGCAUCAACGACUGGGAGAAGGCUCUCGAGUCCUUUGUGCCCGCCGGCGUCUCGUCUGCCUCCUCCGUCUCCUCGCAAAGCGCGGGCGGGCCGUCGCAGCCGCAACAUGUGCAGCACCAGCACCAACAUCAGCAUCCGCAGCACCAGCAGCAUGCACAGCAUCAGCAGCACGGCCAGCAUCAAGGACCGCCUGGCUCGAGCCAUGGCCCGCCUGGCUCCAGCCACGGUCCGCCCGGCUCGAGCCACGGCGCGCCGCAACAGCAGCAGCAGCAGCAGCCGCAGCCGAGCUAUGGCCACGGCGCGCCCUCCGGCCCUUCGCCUGCCUCGGCACACUUUUCGCCGCACUACUCGCCGCCGAUGCAGCACCAGCGCUGAGCAAAAGCAGCAACCACCCCCAGGCCUCGGCUGCCGCCCGUCGCUGCCACGACUGGCCUCUGACCCUGCCUCGCAUCCCUGUACUUCUACCUGCCUCCUCCCUCGCGCUUGUCUCUCACCCCCCCUCGCUCGCACGCACGCUCAAUGUUGUACAACAUGCCCUCUCAACGCUCCCGCUGCAUGCGUGAGGUUAGAUGCUAGCACGCAGCCUUCUUUGCUCUUCUAUGCUCCCCCUCCGGCAUCGCCACUCUUGGUGCAGCGCGCCUCU